CCGACCCGCGAAACAUAAGGCGAAAGAGAGUUCGGGUCAAAUACUUUCUCCACCGACCACGGUCAACAACAUUUUGGCCAUUGCCAUAGACAGCUUCAGAAUUUGCAGUAAUCGAAAAUGGAGGACGGUAUGGUGCAGCUUCAACCGCAACUACACAAAUUGUCGUGCAUAAAAAAUGAGGAAACCCUGGAGCGCGUGCUCUGCACACUCUGGAACACAAGGAAAACCGGUCUUCGCUCCCAUGACAAGUCUCAUUUCCAGUCUCUCCUCCACCUCCCUUCACUCUCCGAACUCGACCCUGUGGUGGCAUGCCUUCGCUGGCUAAUCAGAAAAUGUGUUUAUCAAAACUUCAGCGGCGAUGAACUUCUCAAACUGUUUCCUUCUGAUCUUCCACUCGACCUUCAAAGCAUUCUCUUAUUGUCGUUCCAGAAAAAUCAAGAUCGAUGGAAGGAGGAUAUAUCACGAGAACAGGAUUUGUUGCCAAUUACACCUGUUUCCUAUCAGGUCGGAACGGAUGUUCCUCCAUCUUCAGAUAUGUCAACUUCUAUGUGGCCACGCCAAGAUGAUGAUUCUCUUGCCACAAUGAAUCACAAUGAUUUUGCUGAUGUUAGUGUAUUCCAAUGUGAUAUUGCUCCAUCUGAGAAUUUGGAAAACCUUCCUUGCCUUAAAUCAAUGACUUGGACCAUGGAGACUCGUGGCUCAUCCCCUGCAGAUAGAGUGGCUAUAAUCAGCCUUAAGCUGCAUGAUUAUAGCAAGUCUACAUCAGGAGAAACAGAGGUGAAGUUUCAGCUUACAAGGGAUACACUUGAGGCUAUGUUGAGAUCCAUGACAUACAUCAGCGAACAACUAAGUGCUGUUGGGACUUCUUCCGGGCCAGCAAACAAGAAACAAAAGCAGUAACUUGUUUUCCUGUAAUUUAUGCCGUAGCUCAUAAGUCACCAUACUUGGUAGUAUUAAGAUAAUAUCUCAUCCUAUUAACCAGCGAAAAUAAAAAAUAGAGCUAGUAAAAGAAGAGAUAACUCAGAUGUAUGUUGUACUGGCAUUUGUCUUACGAAUAUAUAUUAGAUGUUAUAACUGAUUUUACUCCCAAGUAUGUGAUUCUUUGAUGGAUGCCAUAGUAAAUUUCCUGGUUGUUGUAUAUAGUUUCUCUCUCGUAUAAAGAUUUGU